AGAUUAUGUUGUAAUACUGACAAACUCAUGCUUAACACUAGGAAGAAUAAUUAUUGAAGAAAAGAAAGACAGGGAAUCGCAGCAUUCGAUCCCUGGCAUUGCGCCCGGAGAUUGAAGCUUGUUCUUGGGUUUGGUUUGGCAUUUGGAAACGAAAUUGGGUUGACGAUGAUGACAGAGUCAGGGUGAGAGUGUGUUGAAUUCAAUGUGGCGGAUUGCUUUGCCCCUGCCUUCAGCGUUUCCUGCCUUGUUCAUGAACCCUAACCAACAAAGGGUUUUUGGUUCAAGGGUUGCAGUUCAAGUGCAUGAAUGAGGAGGAGGAUUACUGCUAAAAUUGACGGCCCAAAUUAUGAUGCUGCUGAGUGGUGAUAUAAGAAUAUUAAUCAUUAACUAUUGAAUAAACAGGAUUUGAUUUUUUUUUUUGAGUAAUAUAAUUAAUAAAAAAUGUAUGGAAGAGGUGGUCUUGAUAGAUUCAAAAAGGCUCAAUCCUUGGAACCCUUCUCGGUCUCCCUAAAUUCUGCCCCCAAAACCACACCCAAAGCUGUUCAAGCUCAACAACAUUCACAUUCUCAAAAUGCAGUUGCUCAGCCUCAGCAGGAGGAGCAGACUCAGCCUCAGCCAGCCACUCAGCUUGGCGGGGGUCAAUCCACCUGGCAGCCUCCUGAUUGGGCCAUUGAACCUCGGCCCGGUGUCUAUUAUCUUCAAGUUUUGAAGGAAGGACAGGUGCUUGAUCAUAUUAAUCUCGAUAGACGCAGGCACAUCUUUGGCAGGCAACAUCAUACUUGCGAUUUUGUGCUUGAUCAUCAGUCUGUUUCACGUCAGCAUGCUGCUGUCAUUCCUCACAAAAAUGGCAGCAUAUAUGUCAUCGAUUUGGGAUCGGCACAUGGAACUUUUGUUGCAAAUGAGCGAUUGACUAAAGACACCCCAGUUGAGCUUGAAUUAGGGCAAUCUUUGCGCUUUGCUGCAUCAACGAGAACUUAUAUAUUAAGGAAGAAUAAUGCAGCUCUAUUUCCUCGUCCUCCACCCCCAACUGAGAUAAAUCUACCCCCACCACCUGAUCCUUCUGAUGAAGAGGCCGUUGUAGCUUAUAAUACACUUAUAAAUAGUUAUGGUCUGAGCAAAUCGGACCUGCUGCCCAAAUCCAAUGUGUCUGGCAGCUCAUUAUCUGAAAGAGAAGGCAGCACAGAGCUAGGGAGAGCCUCAAAGAGAAUGAAGAAACUAAAAGUGACCUUCAGGGAUCAAGCUGGGGGAGAGCUGGUUGAAGUCGUUGGAAUUUCAGAUGGUGCUGAUGUAGAAACUGAACCUGGGCCUCUAGGUGUGAAAGAAGGAAGUCUUGUUGGAAAAUAUGAAUCUCUUGUACAGACAACAGUAAUUCCUAAAGGUAAGGAGGCAUCAUCUGUAAAGGAAGACGAUGGUUUUCAGAAAGGUGUGACUGAUAAACUGCAAGAAGUCUUGAAUAAGGUAAAAAAUGCUCCAAAAGGUGGGAUUUAUGAUGACCUUUACGGAGAAUCUUUAUCUGACAAAGUUGGUUCUUCAUGGGCAUACUCAUCUGUUAGUUGUGCUGGUAGACAAGCUUCUCCUACUCAAGAUGAUACUACAGGAAAGGCUAUUGGUGUCUCAAGUGGAAAUCCUAGAAGUAAGUCUGCCUCUUAUGAUGAUGAUAGUGAAGAUGAUUUAUUUGGUGACUGAUUGAAUUAAGAUGAAAGAUCUUGCAACUUGCAUCAUUCUCUCAAAAAAUGACAGAAAAUAAGUUAUCUCUGGACAUAGAAGGCUAUUAUUUCCUAUGAAGUUGGAGAAAUUUUGUGUAACUUAUUAGCAAAAUUUUCUUUGUACAAUGUACUGUCAACCUGAGAUUGGGGAUUUGAAUGCCCAUGAUGUUCUUGGAACAUGACGGAAAGAGAAUUACCUGUAGCAAAUUUUGAAUCCUGGUAUGUGGUUCAAUCUUUCUUCAUUUUGUCCAUUGUUGUUUCAGUUGCAAGUGGUGUCUGCACAUGAUUAUGAUAGGCUGUUUCCGCUUUUAAUCCUAGCUAGUCUUGAAGGAAUGUUGUUUUGUGUAUUGAGUAUUGAAUAGUAUUAGCUGCUUUCCAUUUGA